AUGACCAUAGUGCUUAAUCCCGUGUGGGUGAAUGGCGUGCAGAAAAUAAAGGUCGUUCCUCAAGCACCACCAAAGCCACCACGGGGACUCGUUCCGCCCGCAUUGGAUGACUCCGUGCACUUCACGCGCUGUCUGAAGCAGCUCCGGUCAAAAGACAAGAGCAUCGAAAAGUAUAUCUACCUCACGCAACUCAAGGAUGCAGACCACCGGACAUUCUACAAGCUGUGCAUGGAGAACAUGCCAGAAAUCACACCCCUCAUCUACACCCCUACAGUAGGCGACGCAUGCCUACAAUUUUCACAUAUCUACCGAAAACCAGAAGGCUUGUAUGUAUCCAUAAAAGACAAGGGAAACAUCGGCAAAGUACUGAGGAACUGGCCAAGAAUCAACGAAGCAAGGAUUGCGGUCGUGACCGACGGCAAGUCGUGA